UCCACCACUGUUGUAUUUCGCGCGCAAUUGCAUGCAGCAGGUGUCAAGGACUACAUCGAUCCAUUCAUUGAGGAUAGUGACAACGUUGAGGUAGAAAUGGCUGAAUCGAUGCUCAUCUUGAGAAUGUGUUCCAUAAUAUUGGUCCUUGGUUUUUCAGAGGCCAAAAUGGAAAUCAUCACCAGUAAACCAGAUGUGUUGCUGGGUGAGAAUGCCAUGCUCCUCUGCAAAGCUGGUGGGGAAGGAGACAUCACCUGGCAGAAAGAUGGAGAGGAUGCUGAAGAUGACCAGGUUGAGAAAGUGGAUGAAACAUCGUCAAAACUGUUCAUCAGGAAUGCCAAGAUAGAGGAUGCAGGACGGUACACAUGCCUCUGUGAAUUUGACACAGGCCACAGAGAUUAUGUAUCUUAUGCCAUCUUUGUCUACGAGCCGCCAUCCUUUGGGCAAACACCGACCAACCAUGAGUUCCUGGAGGGUCAAGAUGUGGUCAUCACCUGUGUGGUCACUGGCAAGCCGGCAGUGGAAGUCAACUGGGAGAGGGACCAUCAGAAACUGCACUCUGACGGUCGGAUCACAAGAUUGAAAGACAACUCCCUACAGAUCAACAACAUCAGCAGGAAGGAUCGCGGAUCAUAUACCUGCGAGGCUAAAAUCAAGGACCGGCCCAUUUUCAAAAAGCACGUCAUCUCCAUCUUCGUCAAUGUUCCUCCCACAGUGAAGAUCCAUGAGGAGGUGAAGAAAGUCAUGGCCGGACCAGAGACCAAUGUCUCCCUCAGCUGCCUGGUCGAGGGAGUCCCCCAACCGAACAUAAUCUGGACAAUCCCAGACUCUUCAGAUGAGUCCCGCUACAAGUACAACUCGGACAAGAGCGAGCUCAUUAUCUCGUCUGUUGUCAGGAGCGACUACGGAGAGUACAUCUGCACGGCCAAAAAUAAGAUCGCAGAGAGCAGUGCCAUGAUCAUGCUGGAUGUCUCAGAGCAUCCUGUAGCAGUGCUGAGCCAGGAGAAGAUGGAGCUGGAGCCAGGCCAGACUCUCUCAGUGUCCUGUAACGUCUCAGGACACCCUAUGCCCGCGCUGCAGUGGGUCAGGAAGACCAACAAUGACCACCUGCUAACAGUGGACACUGGUGGAGGUCGAGUGAGAAUGGAGGAUGGCUAUGUCCUGGUCGUUGACAAUGUGACUCCCUCAGAUGGAGGGCUGUACAGCUGCAUGGCUAUCAGUCCUGCUGGCAACGCCUCCACAGACUUCAGCCUGCAGACCUGGCCAGGCAAAGCAUCCCAGGUAAGUGGCACCCCAGGGCCCACAUCGGUCCACUUCACCCUGGGGGCUUCCCUGGUGGACGGGGGCUCUCCCAUCACCCACUUCACCCUCCAGUGGAAGACAGGACGUGAGAACAAUUGGCAGGAGAGAGUCAUCCAGUCCACAGACCCCCUGGUUAUCACAGAUCUGAUUCCCUUCACCUCCUACUCUGUCCGGUUUGCCCCUCGGAACCACCUGGGUCAGGGUGGCUUCUCAGACGAGCUCACAGUCCGCACACAGGGCAUACGAGGGGAACCAGACAGCCCGGUCCUGGUGGCCAGCGAGGGGAAGUUUGAGGGCAAUAUGUUCUCAAUCCCUUUAACACAGUUGGACAGCGGAGGCUCCCCCAUUAUCCACUACAUUGUCCGUUACAGAGUGAAUAAGAUGGACGAGGACUGGAGGGUGAAGGACCUGCCGUCCAACAUGACAGUGAUCAACCUCCAUGACCUGCAGUGUAAAUCAGACUACCACAUGGAGGUGCUAGCCGUCAACUCCUACGGCUCCUCCAGCCCAGCCAAGCUGAACUUCAAUGUCCCACAACCUGUAGCCAAGAUGAAUAAGGGUGGGAUGGGGAAAGGGGCCGUGGCAGGCAUUGUCAUGCUCAUCUUUUUGGUGCUACUGAUUGCUGUGGACGCCACCUGUUGCUAUACCAACCGCUGCGGCAUGCUGAUGUUCCUGGCUGUCAAGCUGUUUGGGCAGAAGGUCCCUGGGAUGAAGACUGUGGAGGAGGGUGACGGCACCUGUAAUGGAGACUUGAAGUUGAAUAGGCUAGGAACACCGAGGGAUAGCAUCCCAAAACUGCAGACACAAAAUGGGGCAAAUAAUGGGUUGCAGGUGGAGGUCACGUGCGACAAAGCACCCCUCACUAAAUUAGAGUAGGUGGCCGAUGACGAUGUCAGAGGGGUGGACACAGCACACCCUCCCCUAAACGGGCUGUGAUCCAUAAAAAAUUUCAAAAAGAGGCACCUCCACACUUAUAAGUCAGCAGGUGUGUUUGAUCACGGACUAAUUCAAUUAUAACUAAUAUACCCAUGUGCAAAGUUUUGAUACCCAUUUUAAUUGUUAGGUAGCCACCACCCACUUGCCACUGCUAGAGUCUUUCAUGACUUGACAUCCUAGUAUCUUAAGAAUGGAACCUGUAAAUGCCAAAGUAGAAAGGAGGAAGUAUUGUGAGUAGGGGGACUUAGUUAAAUGUUUUUGGAGAGUUUCCAGGACAGUCCAAGUUGAGAAAGGAUAAGGAUUCGGAAAGUUAUCUGUGAAUUGUAAAGUCUAACAUCAACAGAUGGUUGUAAUUUCAUCCAGCCCUGUGUGUUAAGUGUUACAUUUCCUUUAUAUUUCAGUACCUUCUUGUUAUAUUUCAGUACAUUAAGGCGGCUGUAAUUUGUCAGGGAGACCUUCGUAGUUCAUUCAUUGAAUCAUAACUCAUUAUUUAUUGAAGUUUAUAUUCACUUUAAUCUGCAAACAAUCUGUAAGUGACAUACCAUUAUUUGAUAAGGACAGUUUAUCCUAACAUAUUAACAUGUUUCCACAUUGAAUAUACAGCAUAAUCUCAUUAAGAAAUAACAACGUGUCAAAAUUACAUCUCUUCAAGUGUUGUAAUCAUGAGAAAUAUACAGAGCUCAUAUAUUA